GAUGACUACAGAUAUUCCAAAAUAUGGUCUUAAAAUUCGAUUAAACCAUAAUUAUCCAGAUAAAAGAGACCAGCUUUUGCGACCAACAUUUUGGCAAAGUUUACAAUUUAUACCAUUAGCUUUUAGGUAUGUCUGGUAUUACUGGCAUUUAUAUAGAGAAGGAAGAAGGCCAUGCAUGGAUUAUAUCCACUGUGAAAAUGGAAAACGAAUAUAUGGAGUUCCCAUUGGUGGCAUAGGUUCAGGAACAAUUGGUCGAGGCUUCCGAGGUGAAUUUUGUAGAUUUCAAUUGAGACCUGGAAAAUAUGAAUAUAACACUGUAAUUGCUAAUCAGUUCAUAAUAAAUAUAAAAGAUGCAAAUAAAAAAACAAUAUUUCAGAGUGUUUUGUCUACAUAUGAGAAACCAAGUAAACCUUUAGAGUGUUGGCAGUGGGAAUUAAAUCCUGAUAAAUGUAGUUAUACAGGGCUGUAUCCUAGAUCCUGGACAGAAUAUGAUUUGUCUGAAUAUGGUAUAAAACUAACAUGUAGACAAGUAUCACCAGUAAUUCCACAUGAAUAUAAAGACAGUUGCUUACCGUGUGCAGUAUUCGUAUGGUCUGUAGAUAAUAUUUGUUCUGAAGAGAGAACUGUUAGUAUUACUUUUAGUUUCAAAAAUGGAACUGGAACUGCAAAACAAGACGCUGAAGGUAAUGCAUCUUCAUUUAAAGUUUCUAAUGAAAAUAUAACCUCAGUAUGCAUUAGCCAAGCUAUUGAUAAUAUGAUUUGUACUUACAAUUUAUCAACUAGAAAUAACGUAAAAAAUAUACAAGUUUCUACAUGUGACAAGUUUGACCCUUGCGGUAAUGGUGGGAAGUUUUGGCAAGAGUUGUAUGAAAAUGGAUGCUUUACACAAAGAAUUGAUGACGGCGCAUUUAAAGGUAAAGAUGUUGGAGUAGCCAUUUGCGCUCAGAGCAAAAUUGCACCAAACAACUCUUGCGAUUUUGAGUUUGCUCUUAGUUGGGAUAUGCCAAGCAUUCAUUUCAUGGGAAAGAAUUUAUACAAACGUUACUAUACGAAAUAUUUCGAAGGUAAAAAUGCAGGCAUUUUAAUUGGUGAGCAUGCAUUAACAAAUUAUAAAAUGUGGGAAGAGCAAAUUUAUAACUGGCAAUCUCCUAUACUGAAUGACAGUGAAUUGCCAGAUUGGUAUAAAGGAUCACUAUUCAAUGAAUUAUAUUAUGUGAGCGAUGGAGGCACUGUGCGUAUUCUUCCCAAGGACAACGAAUUUGAUAAAAGCGAUCCAAGAUACAUCUAUGGACGUUUUGCUUAUCUGGAAGGACACGAGUAUCGAAUGUAUAAUACCUAUGAUGUUCAUUUUUAUGCAUCACAAGCACUUGCAAUGCAGUGGCCUAAACUUGAGAUGGUGCUCCAAACGGAAUUCAUUGCUAGUAUUGACUUGGAAAUAAAAGACGAAGUAAAAUAUUUAUACGAUGGAGUGAAAGGGGAACGCAAAAUCAAAUGUUCUGUUCCUCAUGAUCUUGGAGACCCAUGGGAAGAGCCAUUUGUUUUAGUUAAUACAUAUCCAAUUCAUGAUGUAUCAGAGUGGAGGGACCUUAAUGUGAAAUUAGUACUACAGUUGUAUCGAGACUAUCGCAUGAAAAACUUUAAUAAGGGAAUUUUGCAGGAAGAAACUUAUGAUGACAAAUGGUUGGUUGAAAUAUACCACGAAAGCAAAAAAUUGAUUGAGAAGUGUUUGAAAUGGGAUACCGAUGACGAUGGAUUGAUAGAAAAUAGUGAUAGUCCUGAUCAAACGUAUGACACAUGGGUUAUGAAAGGACCCAGUGCCUAUUGUGCUGGGUUAUGGCUGGCGGCCUUGCAUUGCGUUGUGGAUAUGGCCAACAAUUUAAACUAUAAAGAUGAUUUUGAUAGAUAUAAAUCUAUUUUGGAUAAAGGGAAAAAAUCGUUUGAUGAAAAACUUUGGAAUGGAAAGUAUUACAGAUUUGACACCUCUGGACGGAAUAACACAAUAAUGUCGGAUCAACUAUGCGGACAUUGGUAUAUGAAGCUUUGUGGAUUUGACUAUGAGGUUUUUCCAAAAGAUAGAGUAAAAAAUGCCUUGAAGACCAUAUUCCACAACAAUGUAAUGUCAUUUCGUGAUGGAAGCAUAGGCGCCGUCAAUGGGUUUAUUCCAGCUGAUGCUAGUGAUGACCAGGAUGGUAAUGAUAGUGUAAAUAAAAAUAUAGAUUCUGAUGCAAUUUCUCGUAAGGGUUGUGCUGACCCAACAACAAUUCAAUCUGAAGAAAUAUGGACUGGUGUUACGUACGCCCUUGCUUCUACUAUGAUCUUCGAGGGCAUGAUUGAAGAAGCAUUCAAAACCGCUGAAGGUUUGAGUAAAUCAUUAUUCGAAAUGGGCAUGAACUUUGAAACACCUGAAGCUUUAUAUGCUGAAAAACAUUAUCGUGCUAUUGGGUACAUGAGACCGCUCAGUAUUUGGUCAAUGCAAUUUGCCUGGGAACAAAGAAAAAACAAAAGGAAAUAA